AUGCAAUCCAAGACCCCUUCAAUUCAUCUCACAUUCACUCACCGAGGGGCAACGCACCCACUCUCGCUGCUUCCAGAGUCCACUCUCGCAUACCUUCAGGAACGCCUCGAAGAGCUCACAGCUGUGCCCCAAGAGAACCAGAAGCUGCUCUACAAGGGUAAGAAGACUCUCGGCCCCGACGCCACGAUCUCGGACGCGGGCUUGAAGGAUGGGAUGAAGGUGCAGCUGAUCGGCCCGACCGCCGAGGAACUCGGAGGACUGAAGGCAACAGAGAGCGAGCACCAGCGCAAAGAACGAAUACUACGAGAGCGCGCCCAGAGAGCCCCAGUGAAGGUGCGGUCUACGGGACCAUCCUCGUCCACAGACUCCCAAUACACAUUCCACCGCAUCGAACCCCUCCCUCAUCUCCCCAACCCCGAGUCCGCUCGUAAUCUUCUCACCAAGCUCGCAAACGAUCCCGCCAUCCGCCACGUGAUGCGCAAGCAUCAGUUCUCGGUGGGGGUGCUCACCGAGCUCGCCCCACACGAGCAGCCUCACCUCCUCGGGCUGAACGUGAACGCGGGGCAGGCGAUCAAGCUCCGGCUGCGGACCGACAGGUACGACGGCUUCAGGCUCUUCAGCGAGGUGCGCAGGGUGCUCUGCCACGAGCUCACGCACAACGUCUGGGGUGAUCAUGACAACAACUUCAAGGAGCUCAACUCCACGCUCAACAAGGAAGUUGCGGAGUUCGAGCGUGCGCAGGCGGCUGGGGCGCACCAGCUUGGCGGGGGAGGGUUCGGGCCGCCACAGUCCGCGCUCGAAGCGGAGGCGCAGGAGCAUGCUCUCGGUGGCUCGUACACCCUUGGCGGGCCCGGUGCGAGCAGUCCAGGCGACUCUCCGGAGGAACGUCGCAGGAAAGUCCUGGAGGCUACUAUGAACAGGCUGCGGAAGGAGGAGGAAGAACUGGAGGAUCGCUGCGGGACUGCUGGGCAUUCAUGAUUUGAUCGGGAUCUUGUGGGUUGUUGUAUCAUCUAGAAUUGUUGUACUCAUAUUCACUUUUAGUAUUCUACUCAUCGCUUUCGCUCGAAUGCAAGCGCGGUUUCCCAUUAUUCGCUUCCCGGAUCCGAGGAAAUCGGACAAGGUAUAUGAAGAAAUGGUACAAUAUAUAGCAAAUAGCAGUGGCAAACCAUGUGGCAACACAAACCAAUACAAAACAAUAAGUUAGUACUAUCGAUACAACAUUGGGCGAGUCAAGUCCAAGACUCAAAUCCAAGACUCAAGAACGAACUGGAGGCAGUCGCAAUCGCAUCCCCCACCCAGGAAACCCUUUGAUAUCAUACUCUCUCCACCAUCUGGCAGCUCAAUUGCCCCCCUCGACCGCGCGGUCGUCCCCAUCACCAUCCUCGUGCAUCUGCUGCUGGAAACUGCCUUGCAGCUCUGCCGUCACCGGCUCCUCCGCCUCCGACGUCGGCGGCAGCACCACAUGGGUGUGCCCCACGACCUCGCCCAGGCCAUUCUCCACGCUGAAUAGCGACCCCGCCCCCGUCUUCGCCUCCGAGUCGUCGGCCACGCUGAACAGGCUGCUCCGCCGCGAGACGCGCGCGGACACCCUCGGGGUCGUGGGCGUCGCCGUCGCCUCGUCGCCAGCAGCGGAAGCAGCGGCAGCGGCAGCAGAGGGGGGCCAGCGGAAGCCGAGGUUGUGGUUGUGCCCGGGCGUGUCGAGCGCGCGCGCGGACUGGGGUGCGCUUGCGGGCGCGGGGAGGCGGCUGAGGUUGUGAUUGUGCCCGGGGGUGUCGAGCGCGGUGGGCCCGUCGCUCGCGUUGGAGGCCGUCGCGGAGGGAACGCUGGAGCUCGCCUCGGUGGUGGGGAUGACGACGUGGAGGCCGUGGUUGUGGCCGAAGUCGUCGAUGUGCAUGGAAGGCAUGUUUAUGCAGGCAAGGGGAAGAAGAGUAGGGUGUUUUCGGCGGUGGUAAGCGAUAGUAAGUGGUGGGCGAGUGGGAGUGGUUUGCUCUACAGCUCGGGUUCGCAGAAGCUUGUGGUGGCUGGUAGCUGCUUAGCUUAGUAGAGCUAGCUGUAGGAGGUGGGGAUGGUGAAACCCUGCCGCUCCUCGUCCGUCUUUAUACCAAG